CGAAAUAACGGGCUCAACUGGGCGCGUGCGAGCGAUUUCAUCCCACUGCGUUUAUUCGUUCUCUGAGGCAUUUCGUCGAACACAACAGCAUGUAUGCAACCGAACUGGUUUGUCUUUGCUCUACUUAGACCCCCGCCAUGAUUUCUCUCCUCAAAGCUCGCGAGAGGCUUCUAAAUCUAACUCCUCUCCUCAGCUCCUCUAUACGCCGUCGUCUCUCCUCUAACCCCUCCUAUUCUUAUGAAGACACGAGAGGUUCUGACGUCUUUAUACACCCAAGUGCUGUCGUCCACCCAAAUGCAGUGAUUGGAAAGGGAGUUUCAGUUGGUCCGUACUGUACAGUUGGCUCUUCAGUGAAGCUAGGCAAUGGCUGCAAACUCUAUCCUUCAAGUCAUAUCUUUGGAAACACAGAGUUGGGGGAAUCUUGUGUCCUCAUGACUGGUGCUGUUGUUGGCGAUGAGCUUCCUGGUUCUACAGUCAUAGGAGGCAAUAACAUAAUCGGUCACCACGCUGUGGUUGGUGUUAAAUGUCAAGACUUGAAGUACAAGUAUGGGGAUGAAUGCUUUCUUUGCAUCGGUAGCAACAAUGAAAUUAGGGAGUUCUGUUCUAUUCACAGGUCAUCAAAGGCUAGUGAUAAAACGGUGAUUGGUGACAAUAAUCUAAUUAUGGGCUCUUGUCAUAUCGCCCAUGAUUGCAAGAUUGGUGACCGCAACAUAUUUGCUAACAAUACGCUUCUUGCUGGCCAUGUGAUUGUAGAAGACUAUACACACACAGCAGGAGCUACGGUCGUCCACCAGUUCUGUCACAUUGGUUCAUUCUCUUUCAUUGGUGGUGGUUCUGUGGUUUCACAAGAUGUUCCAAAGUACAUGAUGGUGACUGGAGAAAGAGCUGAACUUCGCGGUUUGAAUCUGGAGGGACUUAGACGUAAUGGAUUUACGAUGUCAGAGAUGAAGAGCCUGAGAGCAGCCUAUCGUAAGAUAUUCAUGUCGACCGAGACAUCGAGUCUCGAAGAGCGUCUCACCAAGAUGGAACAUAACCAAGAGCUGUACAGUGUUCCUGCGGUUGUUUCCAUGUUGCACUCAAUCCGAGAUUCUUUCGCAGAAGGUCGUCGUGGGAUAUGCAAGUUCAGACAGUGGCUUGAUUCUUGAGUUUUCACAGCUUAGUGACUUAAAUUAGACAUUCAUUGGUCAACAGUGGCUCAACACUCUCUUUCACUGAAUCUGUAAUAGUUUAAUAGAUAACUUAAACAAUUGUUGUCAAAUCUUUUAAGAAGAUUUGUUUGUAAUUUUUGGUUUUAUUACAAUACGUUGAAGAUGUGUCCAGUUACAAGAGUGAUGGGAAAAUCAGGUGUUCCUAUA